UGUAAGUAAAUUUGAUAAUGAAUAUAAAGAGACAUAAAAAAGUUCAAAGAUAUCUCCGAUUCUACUAUAACAACUAUGGUUUUUAUCAGCCCUACCAAGUACUCAUCGAUGGCACGUUCUGUUUUUCGGCUUUGAAAGAACAAAUUAAUGUAAGGGAGCAACUUCCAAAAUAUCUGCAUGGAACAGUUAAAAUGUUAACAACAAGAUGUGUAAUUAGGGAGACAGAACUGAUUGCUAAGAAAGCAGAAGGUGCUCUUACUAUAUUGAAACAGUUUGGCGUUCAUGAAUGUGGCCACAAGGACCCCAUUCUAGGCUCUAAAUGCAUAUUAUCUAUGAUCAGUAAAAAAAAUGAAAAACAUUACAUUAUCGCCACACAAGAUAGAGACUUACAAGAGAAAAUUAGAUUAAAAGCUGGGGUCCCACUUCUCUAUCUACAUAAUAAGUCUCCAAUUCUUGAUAAACCUUCAAAAGCUAGCUAUACAAAAGCCGGUUCAUCAAUGGAUGCCAACUUUAUGUUUAUAAGUAAAACUCAAAAUGAAACAUUAAAGAAUAUUAAAAAAGCUCUAGGAGUUGAAGAAAAGGUAGAAGAACAAAAAGUUAUUAUUAAAAAGAAGAAAACCAAAAAUCCAAAUCCAUUAUCUUGUAAAAAGAAAAAGAAAAAACCAGGUGAGAAAAAAAAUGGAAAGAAAGAAAAUAGCAUAAUUGAUGGAAAAAUUAAAAAAAAGAAAAAGCCCAAACCGACAACAAACAUUUUAAAUAGUGAUGCUAAAUAAAUAAUACUAAUUUAUAAGAUAAAUCACAAGUC